AUGGUGAAGAAUGGGCAACGACUCUUCGUGAAGCAUCAUCGUUGGAAGACAUGGCCUGACAAAACAGUGCCAAAAUCGUUAUUAGCCGUAUUUCGAAUCUUACAAGUGGUGCGAGGCACGUCUCGUCCAAUUGUCAUACAUUGUUCAGCUGGAAUCGGAAGGACGGGAUCGGUGGUGGCGAUAGAGAUGGGUUUACAAACGCUGCUGGCAGGCCAAAAACUAAAUUUAUUAGACGUCUGUCGUAAAAUACGAGACCAGCGGAUGCACAGUGUACAAGUAGAAGUUCAAUAUGUCUAUGUGGCUGAGGCAUUAUGUGAAUACGGAAAAGCUAUGGAAUAUUGGAAAGAUCCAGAACUUCUCCAGAUGUUCACUAAGUUCAAAGCUUCUUUUGACGACUACGUAUCGAAGCUGCCUGUACUCGGUCAAGCGCCAGCUCAAGCUUACUCUCCAGCUGCGAGUCAUCCUGGUGUUCCGCUAAAUGCUCCACCUCCGUUAAUAGCAGCUUCCGCUACACCUCCUCAAUCGCCAGCGCCGGAUGUUCUUCAGGCCUUGAGGCAACCGCCUCCAAUGGUAGCCAACGGUAAGAUACAAUAA